CGGUUGGGGCGUGAGGCGGCGGCGGCGGCGGCAGGGAGCGCCGUGAGGGGAGGCGGCGGCGGCGGAGUCCGAACCCCAACCUGAUCCCGGUCCUGCUCCUCGGGCUUCAUACCGACGGGAGAUGGAGACAGCAAUGCUGAGCCUCUGGGGUCUCUAUGACCAACUCGUGCGCCAGGCUGAAGUUCUGAGUGAAGGCACCGAGUCACAGUUCAUUCAACUGGCAAAGAACUUUGAGGAAUACUGCAAAAAAUGGCAGAAAAUGGGUCAGGAGCUCAGCAGGUACCAAGAGCUCCUCAGAAAAACAGAAACUGAACGCAGUGCCCUGGAGGUGAAGCUGAAACAUGCUCGAAACCAGGUGGAUGUGGAGAUCAAACGGAGGCAGAAAGCUGAAAGGGACUGUGAGAAGCUGGAGAGGCAGAUCCAGCUGAUUCGGGAGCUGCUCAUGUGUGAUGGCUCUGGAAGCAUUCAGCUGAAUGAAGAGCAGAAAUCUGCCCUGGCCUUCCUCAACAGGCCACAGCCUUCUCUUGGAGGUGCAGGCAACAGCAGGCUCUCAACAAUAGAUGAAUCUGGUUCCAUCCUGUCAGACAUCAGCUUUGACAAGACUGAUGACUCCCUGGACUGGGAUUCCUCCAUGGUGAAAGCUGUCAGGCUGAAAAGGAGAGAGAAGAGGCGCUCCUCCAGGCAGUUCAUUGAAGGUCCACCAGGCCCAGAGAAGAAAAGCAGAACUGUUGUGUCCACAGCAGACCAGGGCAAUGAAUCCAUCAUAGCCAAGACAACUGUCAUGGUGCCAGGUGGUGGUGGCCCAAUUGAAGCAGUUUCUACUAUCCAGACUGUGCCUGCUCCUCGGAGGAGCCGGAGGAAGAGUGGUCCUUUCCAGCCUCUGAGCAGUGAGUUAAACAUCUGCAGCCAACAGCUGGAGUCCAAAUCUGAGAGUGAGAGCUGUGGCACCCCUCAGCACAACGGCGGAGUGAGGCUGCAUGACUUCGUGUCCAAGACGGUUAUCAAGCCAGAGUCCUGUGUUCCAUGUGGGAAGAGGGUGAAGUUUGGGAAGAUCUCUCUCAAGUGCCGGGACUGCCGCGUGGUGACUCACCCCGAGUGCCGCGACCGCUGCCCCCUGCCCUGCAUCCCCACCCUGGCAGGCACCCCUGUGCGCCUGGGAGAGGGCACCCUGAUGGACUUUGUCCCUUCUACCUCCCCAAUGAUUCCUUCCCUCCUGGUGCAUUGUGUUAAUGAGAUUGAGCAGCGAGGCCUGCAUGAGACUGGCCUUUACCGUGUGUCUGGCUGCGACAAGACCGUGAGGGAGCUCAAGGAGAAGUUCCUCAGGACAAAGAAUGUUCCUCUGCUCAGCAAGGUAGAUGACAUCCAUGCCAUCUGUGGCCUCCUCAAGGACUUCCUGCGCAGCCUGAAAGAGCCUCUCCUCACCUACCACUUAAACAAAGCUUUCAUGGAAGCUGCAGAAAUCCCAGAUGAGGACAACAGCAUAGCUGCCAUGUACCAAGCUGUUGGUGAGCUCCCUCAGGCCAACAGGGACACUUUGGCUUUCCUCAUGGUCCAUCUGCAGAGGGUAGCUCAGAGCCCAGAGACUAAAAUGGAUGUUGCCAACUUAGCCAAAGUCUUUGGGCCCACCAUAGUUGCCCAUGCAGUGCCAGAUCCUGACCCCAUGACCCUCCUGCAGGACACCAAGAGGCAGCCCAAGGUCGUGGAGCGCCUUCUGCUGCUGCCUAUGGAUUACUGGAGCCAGCUGAUGAUGGUGGAGCAGGAGAACCUUGAGCCAGCCCAGGUGAUUGAGAACACCAAUGCCUACUCCUCUCCACGGACACCAGAAGUCAGAGUGAGUGUGCUGGGACCCCUGACCACUCCAGAGCAUCAGCUCUCCAAGACCCCCUCCUCUAGCUCCCUGUCCCAGAGGGUCCGCUCCACCUUCAGCAGAACCACCCCCAAAUUUGGCAGCAAAAGCAAAUCAACGACUCAGCUUGGGCACCAGGGCACCUUCUUUGCCUCUCCUUGGCUGAAGUGAGGUAGAGCCUGAUGCCCUCCUGGCCCUUUGGCAUCAUUCCCUCAGCUCAACUCCUCUCCCCCCUUGCUCCUUUUCAGCUUCUUUUAAAGGGUUGAGGGUUUUUUUAUACUCUGUGGGUUGUUGUUUUUGGGAGGUUGGAGGUUUCUGAUCUUGUUGGGUUUUAUCUUUCAGCUCAAUUCCAGGUUUUGAUCAUUUAUUGGGCAACAUUUUUCUCUUCCCUAAGGACUGAGCAGGAUUUAUUUGGCCUGGUUACUAAAAUGUCUUCUUGAGAACCCUCUCUUGGCACCAGCACCCAGGAACAGGCAGACACAAACCCCCUGCCCCAAGGCUCACUUGGGUUGAAAGCUCAGGAAGUUCUUCACCCAGCAGUGCCAACCCCAAUGCAAUUUUGGCCUAAUCCAGCCUGGAAUUCCUGCCACUGGGGGGGGUUGUGCAGCCAAUAUUCCUGUUGGAUCACUCUCUGGAGAGAAGCUUCUCUUGUCUGAGCUUCCUGAGGGCCUCUGGCUUCUUCCUGAGCUUGGGGAACAUCUUGCAGCAAAGUGAGAUGGAAACCCAGAGGAGUUCCAGGUGCUGCUUGCAGGGGAGAGGGGACAGAGGGGGGGGUGGGGUGACAGCUUGCUCCUGCCCAUCCCUGCUUUCCCAGAGUGUGGAACACCUCCUGGGUGCAGUUUGAGCUCUGAGGAGCUGUCCUGAGCUCUGUGGUUCAGUAAAUCCUGAUCUCUGCCUCUUG